UUUAUUUGUAUAAACAACAGAGAUACAUUUCAUUUUCUGAAGUCUGUGGGGUUCAAUAAAACAAAAUAUUUAAUAGAAAAAAUCUUAAAAAAACGAGGAGCACAAUCUAACAAUAUUACAACAUGAUACCGAAAAAGAUGCCAGUGAAAGAUGCUCAUAUUGUAAAAAUAGCAGUGGAGUGUGAUAAUCACAUAGCUCAGUUAAUAAACUUGGAUCAGAGACAACCUUUAUCCGGAAAAAUACAAGAGAUAUGCAGUUUUUGGAACAUAGUCGAACCGGAAAAUUAUGCUCUUCAGUUUUGCGAAGGCAACCAUUUAAAAUAUGUUACCGAAAAGAACCGCAACGAAAUAAAAAAUGGAUCUGUGUUGCGCCUUCAAUAUUCUCCAUCCAAAACUGCCAAUGAUAUUUUAGAGACUUUGAGGGCUGGAUCAUCGUGUAUCAAAGCAGAAUGCUUGGAGAAACUUUCAUCUCUAUCUGUAGAUGUUACAUUUGCAUUGGAAUUUAUUAAAGAACAAGGACUGGGCAUUAUAAUUAGCAUGAUUGAGGAACCCAGCGAAAAAGAGGAUAAAAUACUCAUAUAUAGCCUGAAGAGUUUUGUUGAAUUGAUGGAACAUGAAACGGUGUCAUGGGAAAUUCUGCAAAACAGCUUCGUUCAACGAAACAUUCAUAUAGUUAGGAAUUUUAUGAGUUUUCCAAAGUGCACUGAGAGCGCCUUAUCAAAUUUGGAAAAUAUUGUGCAGAAUAGUUCUAAGCAUACGCUUGUCGAGCAGGAGGUGACAUUGCAAGACCUCUUGAUGUUGUUUAAAGAUGCCAAAUCACCCGUGAUAUUGCAAAAUGCGAUAGCUCUAAUCAAUGCUCUAUUCCAAAAGGCCGAUGAGGGCAGAAAAAGACAAAUAGCCCAUACCAUAAGUGGCAAACAAUAUCGUUUGGCGUUGCUAAGCAAUAUUCCAACCACGGAGAUGACUCACCAAUUGUAUGUUCUGCAAACCCUUACCUUGGGCUUGCUUGAACAACGCAAACGAAUGAAAGUAUCUAACCAGGAUCAAGAUGCCCAUGAAAAGAUUAAAGAAUUGAGAAAAAUUGCUUUUGAUGAUUAUUCUGGUAUGUCUGGGUUUGGCGGUAGUUCUGGCAACUGUUCCGGCUCAGGAAAUGUCAAUUUUGCCCAAUAUUACAAAAAAUUAGGAUUCAAAUGUGACAUGAACCCCUCACAAGAUUUUAUGGAAACACCACCCGGCAUUUUAGCUCUGGAUUGCAUGAUCUACUUUGCCCGAAGCUAUACCCAGCAGUAUACAAAAAUUGUUCACGAAAACUCGUGUCGAGGCGAUGAACACGAAUGCCCCUUCGGUCGGACGUCAAUUGAAUUGGUAAAAUUACUUUGUGAUAUUCUUCGCAUUGGCGAGCCUCCCUCUGAUCAAUCAGUUGACUUUCAACCAAUGUUUUUCACCCACGACCACCCAUUCGAGGAAUUUUUUUGCAUUUGUAUUAAUACUCUAAACCGCACUUGGAAGGAUAUGCGUGCUACAGGGGAAGACUUCCAGAAAGUAUUCAGUGUUGUACGCGAACAGAUAACGCGUACUUUGAAACAGCGACCAGACAAUUUCGACGAUUUUCGCGGCAAAAUAGCUUACUUUACAUACCAAAUGAUAACCAAUUUGAGACAACAGGAGAGAACUUCGAAAGAAGAAUGCGAUUCCACAGCAUCAGCCAUAGUGAAGCUGAAAGAAAAGAUAUCACCCGAUAUUUUGGAUUUAAUAAAACAACAACGUUUGGCAUUUCUUGUGGAUGGCACUCGAUUUUCCAAAUAUUCACGAGGAGCACGCUCUAAAGAUAAAUUUUGGUAUGCUCGUCUCUCUCCCAAUCACAAGGUUAUACAUUACGGUGAAUGCGACGAGAAAACAAUCCCAACGCUGGAAGAGUUAAAUAAUAAGGUGUCGGUAAUCGACAUUAAACAACUUUUGGAAGGCAAAGAGUGUCCCCAUAUGAAAGAAAUGCGCACACGUAAAUCAGCCGUGAACCUCGCCUUCUCCAUUACAUUCGAAAAUAUGGACCAUUCAACUGUCGAUUUUGUGGCUCCUGACGAAAACGUCUUUAACUAUUGGACCGAUGGCAUAAACGCUCUCUUAGGCCAAGAAAUGGUUAGCAAGCAAAAAAAGGAGGAUUUCGACACCCUGUUAUCUAUGGAAAUUAAAUUGAGAUUAUUGGACACUGAAGGGGUUGACAUAAGUAAAGAUCCCCCACCAAUACCAGAUGAUCCAGAAAAUUAUGAUUUUUGCUUUGAUAACUAAACGAGCGGCAUAAAACGUUCGUUCAAUCACUCGAGAAUUUUAAUGUAGAUUGAUACUUUGAAUUGAUCAAAUCUCGUAUUAUUAGUUUGUCCUCGUGUAUUCCCUGUCUCUCCAAAUUGAGUAAAAUGCCAAAGUUAUUGUAAAAGUAUUUUAAAAUGCACAUUUAUGCAAAACGAUAAACCACAAUUUUGUAUUUUUCUAGUUUAUACGCAAACAGUUUGUAUAUCAAAGUACUUGUAGUAUUUUUCUAUACUUAAAUAUACUUAUUCCAUAAAAAUAACAUUUUAUAGUUAUGUGUGCAAUUUUAACCACGUCGUUGUGUUAAUCUAUAAUAAAAAAACUCUUUGUAUUCAA